AUGGGUGGUGGCAGUCUCACCUACUUCAAAAGCCUCGCAGGCUUGGCAGCAGCAGCAACGACCACUGCGACGAUGGCCCCAGCCGGAGCAGCAGCGGAUUUCUUCAAGAUGCCUCUCUGCGGCCGCAGUUUCAGGCUCGAGGAAGCGAGCAUUGAUGACAUGCAAAAGGCGAUGGGCAACGGAACCGUGACAGCCGUGCAGCUCGUCGAGUGUUAUGCGCAAAGAGUACUGCAGACUGACGACUACAUCAACUCGUUACUCGAAUUCAACCCGGAUGCUCUGGACAUUGCAGCCAAUCUUGACCGGGAGAGGAGGGCGGGAAAGGUCCGUGGGCCGAUGCACGGCAUUCCGUUUACCGUCAAGGAGAACAUCGGAACCAAGGAUAAGAUGGAGACCACGGCCGGAUCCUGGGCGCUUCUGGGCUCCCGAGUGCCGAGAGACGCGUUUGUGGUCAAGAAGCUGAGGGAAGCAGGAGGCGUGCUGCUGGGCAAGGCGACGCUCAGCGAGUGGGCUGAUAUGAGAUCGAACAAUUACAGCGAAGGCUACAGCGCACGGGGUGGACAGGCCCGGUCUCCUUACAACUUCACCGUCAACCCCGGCGGAAGCAGCAGUGGGAGCGCGAUUGGGGUGGCAGCUAACGCGGUGGCAGUGUCUCUGGGAACGGAAACCGAUGGCUCUGUCAUCAAUCCUGCCAUGAGGAAUUCGGUUGUCGGCUUCAAGCCCACCGUGGGACUGACUUCGAGAGCUGGAGUUGUUCCCGAGACGGAGCAUCAAGACACGGUGGGCACAUUUGGGCGCUCCGUGCGAGACGCCGUUUACACGCUUGACGCCAUCUACGGGAAGGACCAACGAGACAACUACACACUUGCGCAGCAAAGUCCCAGGGGCGGUUACACGCAGUUUCUGACCAACAAGAGAGCUUUGAGGGGCGCGGCAUUCGGACUGCCCUGGCAGUGUUUCUGGCGGCACGCUGACCCAGAGCAGCUGAGGCAGUUGACUGCGCUGCUCGAUUUGAUUACGGAGGCGGGUGCCACCAUCAUCAACGGGACCGAGAUCACAGACUACGAGACCAUUGUCAGUCCGGAUUGGUGGGACUGGGACUGGGGCACGAGAAGAGGCUAUCCGAACGAAAGCGAGUACACAGUUGUUGCUGUUGACUUUUAUAACAACAUCAAUACAUACCUCUCCGAAUUGGAUAACACUGACAUCAGGUCGCUCGAGGAUAUUGUACAAUACAAUUACGACAACGAUGGCACUGAAGGAGGAAACCCGUGGCCAUUGGGAAAUCCCGCCUUCUACUCUGGCCAAGAUGGUUUCCUGGCUUCAUUGGCGACCAAGGGCAUCCAAGAUGAGACAUACUGGCAGGCUCUCGAAUUCACACAGACAAAGACUCGCAAAGGCAUAGACGAUGCUCUGAACUACAAAGGCAAGAAGCUCAAUGGUUUGUUGGUCCCACCCGCUGUUGGCCAGAGCUAUCAGAUUUCUGCUCAAGCUGGAUAUCCCAUCAUCACUCUGCCUGCCGGGAUUCAUUCGGCCACGGGAAUGCCGUUCGGACUGGCCAUUCUGCAGACGGCAUGGGCUGAAUCAGAGUUGGUCAAGUUUGGAUCGGCUAUUGAGGAUUUGCAAAAGACCACGGCCGGGAACCAGUAUAAACGGUCUCUUCCUACUUGGGAGGGCUACAAGAAGAAGCCGAUCCCAUUGUUAAAUAUCUACGAGGGAUCGGAUUGA